UGACGCCUCUAUCGGAAGGUAAGAGAAAGCCUUUGAGCAGGGCCCUGCGACUUUGGCAACUUCUGAGGUCUGCUUACUCCUGUCUUGGGCCCAGCGGAGACAAAGGAAGGAUUAGAAGCGAAGUGGGAAGUGAUCCUCUUUAUCAGGCAAGAUCAUGGCUCUGAAGGAAGUUUCUAGCAAUAAAUGCUUUGAUGGGUUUCAAAAGGUGUUUGAGCAUGACAGUGUUGAGCUGAAGUGCAAAAUGAAGUUUGGAAUUUACUUGCCACCAAAGGUAGAAACUGAGAAAUGCCCUGUAUUGUACUGGCUCUCAGGAUUAACAUGCACUGAACAGAACUUUAUAACCAAAGCAGGCUUCCAUCAAGCUGCAGCCGAACAUGGCCUUGUUGUCGUUGCUCCAGAUACCAGUCCACGUGGGUGCAAUAUUAAAGGAGAAGAUGACAGCUGGGAUUUUGGCACUGGGGCUGGCUUUUAUGUAGAUGCUACUGAGGAGCCAUGGAAAAUGAACUAUCGCAUGUAUUCCUACAUCAAGGAUGAGUUGCCCAAUUUGAUAAAUGCCAAUUUUCCAGUCGACCCUGAAAGGAUGUCUAUUUCAGGCCAUUCAAUGGGGGGACAUGGUGCUCUGAUACUUGCUCUGAAGAAUCCUGGAAAAUACAAAUCUGUUUCAGCAUUUGCUCCAAUCUGCAACCCAAUUCAGUGCCCAUGGGGGAAAAAGGCAUUUAGUGGAUACCUAGGACCUAAUGUAUCUGACUGGGAGGCGUAUGAUGCCACGCACAUUGCAAAGUCCUACCAAGGUUCCGCACUGGAUAUUCUGAUUGAUCAAGGCAAAGAUGACCAGUUUCUUUCAGUAGGCCAGUUGCUUCCUGAUAAUUUCAUUGCUGCCUGCACAAAGCGUAAAAUCCCAGUGGUCUUCAGACUGCAGCAGGGCUAUGAUCACAGUUACUACUUCAUAGCGACAUUCAUUAAUGACCAUAUCAGGCACCAUGCAAAAUACCUCAAUGCUUGACAAGAGUACUUGCCAUGGGCAUCCUCUGACCAUACAGAACAAUUGAAGAUAUAAGAGGAAAUAAGGAAUACAUUGUAUGCAGUAAAUGCCUAUUGCAGUCCUGAUUUUGCUUUUCUGAAUAAAUGUUUGAAUAUG